GUCACUACUGUGGCGUGUUGUGUUCUUGUUGUGUGCAAUAUCCUGCAUAACAACUGAUUCAACAAGAAAGUUUUUUAAGGUAAACCCAAAGAUUGUAUCUGACGUGAACAUCUGGACCAGCGGUGUGGAGGGGGAGAUAGCCGGGUACAGAACACCCUUCAUGACCUACACUCCUAACGGCACCAUCCUAGCGUUAGCCGGGGCCAGGAAAUAUAGCAAGGGGGACGCCGGAAAGAAAAUAUUAGCUCUGAGGAGAUCUACGGAUAAAGGAGUGACGUGGAGUCCCACCGCGUUUUUAGUCGACGACGGGUACGACAAGGGAGUGCUGGGCGCUGGCACGGCGUUUGUUGACGACGAUUCGAACACGACGUUUGUGAUGUUCAUCCACUGCCAGUUCCGCUGUGCUGUUCCCUCCGUGCUGCUGAUGAACAGCACCAACGAUGGGGUCACCUGGGGUCAACCUCGGAACAUCACCCCACAGUUACAGCCUGGGAUCGUCUCACACCCAAGUCCGGGCUACGGAAUACGAAAACGAUACGAGCCGCACAAGGGCCGGUGGAUCGUGUGUGCGCACGGCCGGGCCCCUGAAUGGGGUCUGAGUCUGCUGCUCAGUGAUGACGGAGCCAUGACGUGGCGGACAGGCGCGUUCGUCUACAACAGGCCCUGCAACGAUACGUGUGGGGAAAGUCAUCACACAACGUUUCAAGCAGGAGAGUGCCAGCCCGUUGAGCUCCCUGACGGCUCGCUCCUGGUAAUGACACGGAACCAGCUCCGCUGCACCUGCCACUGUAAGGCCUUCCUCACCAGCCACGACGGCGGAGAGACCCUGCCGAUCAGCAGCCUCAGAUUCGAUCACACCCUGAUAGAACCGCCAACAGAUGCAGGACUGUUCUACAGUGAUGGGGUUCUCUACUUUACCGGGCCAAACAGUUCGUCUAAACGACAAAAGAUGAUGUUAAAAUGGAGUUAUGACAACGGCACGAGUUGGGCAGGCGAGCUUCCCAUCUGGACCAAGGCGGCUGGGUACUCCGCUGUAACCAUGCUGCAGAAGGACCCGGAAGACAAAAACUUUCUCUAUCUUCUGUAUGAAAAGGGAUUCCACAAGUCAGGGACUUCCACGGCGGCUAUUGCCUUCGCAAAAAUACAUUUACAUGCAUAACGUUAGUAUAAGGUAGGGACUUCAGCAGACAUAGAAGAAAGAUUCAAAUAAAAACGGCACGUUAAACCACCGGAAGAGCAAAUGAACGUGGAAAUAACGUUACAUGUUCUGUCAGACCAAUAGCAUUUCAUAGUAAGAUGGUUUAUACUUAAAUUUGAUUAUUCAUCACUUGUAUCAAUGUUGUUUUACAUUGCCAUGUACCUAUACCAAAUUAUAAAUCUUAUAAAUAAAGCUUGACUAUUAUGAACUUCA